GAGGAGGUGCCGUGUGAGAUGUGGGCAGAGGCUGCUGUGCCACGGUGGGCAGCAGAGCCUCUGGGUCGGAAUUGAGGACGGCAGCGAGAUUUUUAAGGAAGAGAGAGAAAAUAUGUAAUGUGACGGCAACUCAGAACCACAACUGACACAGAAAACAGUAAAACACACACUUGCAUCAGAUCACUUCACUUCCACUCCUCCGCUUCCCAACCAAACCGACCCCAAACCGAAAACACUCCAACGGAACCACCAAACGCCACCGCCAGCUGCUACCCACUAAAACCAACACCUGCUACCCCCACCGCCUCCGCCUCAACCACCCCUCGAUCGCCGCCCAACUAACCAUGUACAGGGACGUGUCGGCGUGCAACACCUACAACUACGGCGACGCCCUCUACUGGGACGCCCGUUACAUCCAGGAGGGCGGUUCCUUCGACUGGUACCAGCGUUACUCCGCCCUCCGCCCGUUCGCUCGCAAGUACAUCCCAACCUCCUCCCGCAUCCUCAUGGUCGGCUGUGGCAAUGCCGUUAUGUCGGAGGACAUGGUCAAGGAUGGCUAUGAAGACAUCAUGAAUAUUGAUAUUUCAUCAGUGGCCAUUGACAUGAUGAGAAGGAAGUAUGAGCACAUUCCGCAGCUGAAAUACUUGCAAAUGGAUGUUAAGGAUAUGAGCUUCUUCCCAGAUGAAUCAUUUGAUGCUGUUGUUGAUAAAGGAACUCUCGAUUCAUUGAUGUGUGGUGCCAGUGCUCCAAUUAGUGCUGCUCAAAUGCUGGGGGAAGUUAGCAGGCUUCUUAAACCUGGAGGGAUCUAUAUGUUGAUAACUUAUGGUGAUCCAACAGUGAGGAUUCCUCAUCUGAGCCGACCAGUAUACAAUUGGAAAACUGAACUGUACAUCAUACCUAGGCCAGGGUUUCAGAGGCCAGCUGGUUCUACCUCCGCGAAAUCAUACUUGGAAUCAGUUCCCACCACUGAAAAGGGUCUACUUCCAGCGGGAUUCAUUAUGGAAGAUCCAGAUUCUCACUUUGUUUAUGUAUGUCGCAAGAUGGAUGAAACAACAGAUUUAAUUCACGUGCCCUCCUACCCUUUGACAGCCGAUGCGUUAUAACCUAUUUGCUCGAGUGGGGGUCAGUUUCUUUGCUCUCAAGCUUCGAUCUUCCAAAGUGACCCUUCACGUGAUUAUAACUGGUUGUACAAUGCGACUAGUCGGUAGUUAGGUGUCCGUGGAGUUAUGUGUGGUCGGAAAAGAGGUUUUUGAGGGUUUUAAUCAUGAUGUUUUGUUAGAUAGACUAGAUAUUGGAAAGAGGACUGCUAUAUACCACAGAUUCUUAUCACCCUUUUAUUUCACUUCAUACGUGACAGGAUACAAUUUGCUUUAAUAAACUGAGCGGUGAAAUAAGACGGCGAUAAAAAUCUAGUGACGUGUAGCGUUUCUCAUUUCAAAAUGAACUGGAGCGACGAAUAAAUGCUUCCGGACCGCAAAUUACUAGGCGUAAGUGUCUUCGUUGAAUCUUGUUGUCUGUAUCAGUAGAAUUGUGUCAAUUGUUUCGAAAACCAUGAGUUGUAAUGUAUUUCAUGUAUACGUGUGACCCUGAAGGGAUUUUUCCUAUUUAAUAAGUAAAGUUUUCUAGUAA